AGAAUCCUGGGCUGAGAAUGCGGUAGACGGGCCAGGCUGUCAGGAGGACACAUAACAGACCCUACUACCAUCUCAGCCCAGCCCCCCGGCAAGCCGGACCUAAUUCUGUGACUCUGACUCAGCCUCGGAUGUGCAGAGUAGAGGGGUCUGCCAGGUGAGCAGCGGCCAGGGGGCGUGGGUAAGAACAGUCCCGGCUGGCCCCCCGGGGGCCGCGCGCCUGGCCCGAAAUAGCUCGUUUUGAUCCCGCCACCUCGGCCAGGAGCCCAGGCCUGGCACAUGGCGCAACCAGCUGCCCCUGCAGUAAGACGGAAGUGGUUAGGUGACCGAACGGACGGGCUUGCAGGUCCGACUGAUGGAGGGACGUUAGAGAGGGGACAGUCUCCCUGAUUGCCCCCGAAAGGGGAAAAAAACGGUAGUUAGAAUGGAGUCUGGACCAGAUUCCUGCAGCAAUAAGAGGCGUGGUUGGAAGACAAGAUUGCAGGAAAGCGAGUGUACUUUAGAACCUCCUCCUAACCUCGAACCUAGUCUCACAUCCUUUUCAUUGGUCCACAGGCUUGCCAAUUACUCCUGAACGCUAAGGUUCUCCAACCGCUCUCUCUCGGUCAGGCAGACGUUAGAGCCAGUUGUGAGACUCCCGCCUUUGGCCACUUUCCAAUUACCGUUAUUUUCCUUUUUAUCAUUGGUCGCCUUGGAAGCCGCUCUCUUCCCGCGCAGGCACUCCCAGAGACUAGCGGGACUGAUAGGGCAUUGCUAAGCGACAAAGAUGCACGCGGAAUCAAGCGGGUGAAUGAGCCAAGCAGGCGGAAGCGCGGAGGCAGCUGAGGGAUAAACUGCAGGUGAGGCCGAUCCCUUUUUCGGAAAUCACUGGAGAUCUGGGGACGACUAAAGUCUGCCAGUUUUCUCUACCCAAGAUAGCCCCUUUGGGGAUGCUCCCCUGGAUGGAAGCGACUACUGGCCAUCCUGACGCCAGACCUGGCAUGCCAAGUCUCUGAGCUCAUCUAGCUACCAAAGAUCCAGAAUCCCAGAAACUCCCAUGGCCCUGGCCACAGGUCUCAACUGCCCUGAGCUGUUAGAGGAGUCCUGGCCAUCCAGCUCAGGGACCCCUUCCCCACCCAGCGCCACUGAGGAACAUAUGGGCACUUCCCUACCACCCACCCUGAUUGAUGGUGGUGACUCUGUGGUAGCCAAGUACAUAAACCGGUUCCGCCAAGCUCUGCCCACAAGCCGAGAGGAACGCCAGUCUGCAGGCCCAACCUCAGCUGACUUUUGGUGGCUACGGCCUGAACCUCUAGACCCAAGCAGUCACCCUGUAGCAGCAGGAGCCAAUGAACCAGAAGGAAGAUUCAAUACAGCAGUCUCGACUCUUGCCAAGGUUGCCAGUGCAUCGCAGGCUAAGGCUAUGGACCCGCUUCAGGACAUAAAGCAGGCUUUAGGAUGGGGGCUAGCUUCUGACCCUCUCACUACACAGAGCCUCAACACAUGGAACUCAUCCCUGCUGGACCUGGAAACACUGAGCCUGCAAAGCAGAGCUGCCAGGCUGCUGAAACACAGCAAGUCCUCCAUCUCCUCCUCCUCCCACAGCCCCAGCGAUACCAGCAGCAGCUCCUCAUUUCCUGUCAGCUCUGAUGGCCUCUCACCCUUCUCCAUGACCUUCACUCCUGAAUCCAGCAAGGGCUCAGACCCCAAGGUACAUGCACCUCCAGCACCAGCCCCCAUCCCUGCUCCAGGCCCAGUCUCCUCCCAAGCACCCCUGCAGCCAGAGGAUGACAUUCUAUACCAGUGGAGGCAGCGGCGGAAGCUUGAACAGGCUCAAGGAGGUCAGGGUGACAAUACCUGGAUGCUACCAGGGACCCCUGCCUUCACUGCUCCGGUCUCUGUCCCCAUCUGUCUGCAGACCUCUUCUGCCCCUGCGGAGAUGCUUAGUUCCCUGGGCACACAGCCUAACUGUGUCCCACUUUGGGGCAGUGUGGCGCAGCCUAGUCCUGUGGGAGGCGUCUGUGUGGAGAGGCCUCCUAUUCCUCCAGGGUUCUCUCCACACAUCUUUUGGGGCCCCAGUCCCCAUGGGUUUUUCUGGGCCCCUCAGACUGGUCCCUGGGUAUCUCUCGGGGCCCUUCCCCCAAUGCCCCCAGCCUCUACUCCCGCACACCCUACCGACCCCCAGGGCCUGCACACCCCUGCACCAAACAGUCCCUCCCAGCCUGAGAGGCAGGGUUCUAAGCCUCGGAAGGCUAGAGCCCCACGCCGGGAGCCUGCUAGGCAACUGGAGGUAGCUGACAAGGGGCCUGACCAGCAGCUCCGAGGCGCCCUGGGCCAGGUAGUGACAGCUCGGCUGUUCCCGGACUGCCUGGAGGACUCGCCCACUCAGCUUGAGGGCCGGCCUCCACCUCAGGCUGAAUCUUCGAAAGUCAAGGCCAAGUACCCCCAAACAAAGGUUAUGCCCCAUCGCUCAGAGAACAUGCCUCCUCUUUCUAAUACACAGUUUCCGCAGGCGAAGACCCCAGCAGAGGAGAACCGGAAUGUCAAGGCCACACUCCCAGCAGCUGGGUUGGUGCUUUGUAAGGACAAAGACAUUCCCUCGGGUGAAGUCAGGCACCCUCAGCCCAAGGUCCCGCCUCCUCCAGCUGAGGAGGCGUCUAUAAACGUCAAGGCCUCUCCCGCUCCGUUCGAGGCGGAGUCUCUAGAGGGUGUGGUCACACCCUCACCCUCUGCUGACCACACCCCACCAGAGGACCUGCUCUCCCAGGCGGCCCAGCUUCUGCAAGCUGCUGAAGACUCCGAUGGCAGCGAGUUCCAGGAGGACCCUGUACUGCAGGUGCUGAGGGUUCAGAGGGCAGAGCUGCGGCGGCAGAAAAGGAAAGUGGACGCCCGAUUAUCCCUCCUGGUGGGCCACACAGAAGACCCAAGGGUCUUGGUCUCCUCCAGCCAGAUCACUCCCCAGGUGCCCAAGGAUGUGGCUGAGGAGAGAAGGAAUGAGAUUUGAGGCCAGAUGACUUUGAUUGUACAAAUUCUGUUUUUCCCAAGGAAGUAUUGUUUUCAGAUUUUCUCUGAGAAAGUUGUUCCGGAAAGGCCAAGAGUUAUGCUAAUUUAGGAAAAUGGCUCCCCAACCCACCCCCACCCUAAUUCUUUACCCUUGAUGUAAAGUCUCUUCUGAUUUCAUCCUAUUUGAAGGCAAGGCAGGGAGGUGUUCCAGGUAAGACUUAAGGCAAGACUGGGACUCACCGUAACUCAGGAGUGGAUCCUUCUGUCUCAGAUGAGAUAGAAGGGACUGCCCUUUGGGAUUGAAGCUAAUGGAGUCAUUGGAGUGUUGGACAAUGGUUAGUCCUCUGUCCACAUCCUGCUUGAGCCAACAGCAGCAUUUGGUGCUUUAAUCCUUCCCUCCUUGAAGCACUUCCUUCCCCUGCUUCUAGCACCCGACCCUCCUCUUCAUCAACCUGUCACUUUGCUGUGCCCCAGCGCCCUGGCCUUGACAUCUCUGUCUACACUCAUUCUCAGGUGCUGUUAUUUAGCUUCAUGGGUCUAAAUCCCAUCUCUGUUCUGACAGCCCCCAAAUUUCUCUCUUUAGCCUAUACCCGGCCACUGAACCUCAAACUCCUAUAUCCUGCUACCUGCUCCCCAUCUCUACUCAAGGGUCUAAAAGAUGUCUCAGAUUGCACAGGUCUUAAACUGAGCUCCCAAUCUUCCCCCUAAACCUGCUCCAGCCAAGCUUUCCUCACCUACAUCUUUCUACCUGUUCAGUCUAAAAGCUUCAUAGUCGUCCUUGACCCCAUUCUUUUCCUCACAGACAGUCAGGUGACCAGCAAGUCCUGUCAUCUCUGCCUUUAAAUUCUAUCCAAAAUUUAACCCCUUCUCCCCCUUCCACUGCCUUCACCCUAGUCUAGGCUAUAAUCACCUGUCUGGACUAUUAAAAAGCCUUUUGUUUUA